AUGGCGAGAGCGGUGGCGCUCGCGGCCGUCCUGAUGCUGGCGGCGGCGCUGCUGGCCGCGGCGCCGGCGCCGGCGGCCGCGGUCGAGUUCGGGGCGGAGGACCUGGCAUCGGAGGAGGCGCUGUGGGCGCUGUACGAGCGCUGGCGGGGCCGCCACGCGGUGGCGCGGGACCUGGGCGACAAGGCGCGCCGCUUCAAUGUGUUCAAGGAGAACGUGCGCCUCAUCCACGAGUUCAACCAGCGGGACGAGCCGUACAAGCUCCGCCUCAACCGCUUCGGCGACAUGACCUCCGACGAGUUCCGCCGCCACUACGCGGGGUCCAGGGUCGCGCACCACCGCAUGUUCCGCGGCGACAGGCAGGGCGGUGCGUCGUCAUUCAUGUACGCCGGCGCGCGCGACCUGCCCACCUCCGUCGACUGGAGGCAGAAGGGCGCCGUCACCGACGUCAAGGACCAGGGGCAGUGCGGUAGCUGCUGGGCGUUCUCGACGAUCGCCGCUGUGGAGGGGAUCAACGCGAUCAAGACCAAGAACCUGACGUCGCUGUCGGAGCAGCAGCUGGUGGACUGCGACACCAAGGCCAACGCGGGCUGCGACGGCGGCCUCAUGGACUACGCGUUCCAGUACAUCGCCAAGCACGGCGGGGUGGCGGCGGAGGACGCGUACCCGUACAAGGCGCGGCAGGCGUCGUGCAAGAAGUCGCCGGCGCCGGUCGUCACCAUCGACGGGUACGAGGACGUGCCGGCCAACGACGAGUCGGCGCUCAAGAAGGCGGUGGCGCACCAGCCGGUGUCGGUGGCCAUCGAGGCCAGCGGCUCGCACUUCCAGUUCUACUCGGAGGGGGUGUUCGCGGGGAGGUGCGGGACGGAGCUGGACCACGGCGUCACGGCGGUCGGGUACGGCGUGACCGCGGAUGGGACGAAGUACUGGGUGGUGAAGAACUCGUGGGGCCCCGAGUGGGGGGAGAAGGGCUACAUCCGCAUGGCGCGCGACGUGGCCGCCAAGGAGGGACACUGCGGCAUCGCCAUGGAGGCGUCCUACCCCGUCAAGACCUCGCCCAACCCCAAGGUCCGCGCCGUCGUCGACGGCGACAGCCACGACGAGCUCUGA